UCCUCUCCUGUUCCUGGCGCUCUCAGUCGCGAGUGGACGUCAGUGAGGAUUCCGCGUUUCUCUUCCCAUCCGAUAUGGCAAGAGCGAGUCGCAGUAGGAUGUCUGGGCUACUCAUCGCGGCAUUCCUGGCUUGUGGGCUGCCUUUCGUCUAUUCCGCCAGUAGGGGUCAAAGAGUGAGGUCGUCCCCCGACAUCCCAGCUACUCAGUUCACGUGUGCAGGACGCCCCCCUGGCUACUAUGCAGACUUGGAAACCGGUUGUCAGGUCUAUCACAUGUGCACGGAGGGAGGGAACCAGUUCAGCUACCGAUGUCCAAACACUACCCUGUUCCAGCAGCGUAUGCUGAUCUGUGCCCACUGGUACCAGGUGAACUGUAGUCGCUCUGAACAGCAUUAUGGAGCCAACCUACUGAUUGGCCAGCGAGACAAACCUUUCGUCAAUGAUGACUCAGUAUUAUCCAAAGAAAAAAAGGUGAAGACAUUGCAUAACCCAGAAGCACUUCAGAAUCUUGGCCCAUCGCCAAGAGAGAAUUCUGCAAGACAAGUCAAGUCUCAGACACCAAAUGAGAACAGACAAGUGAACAGAGUGUUCCAAAACACCUUCAAAAGAGAAGGUGAAUCUUCAAUUGGAAAUGCUGGAAUAAGUAUAUCACAAGCCAAUCCUCGUUCCACAACAGUCAUCCCAACAAGUACACGAAGACCCCCUGAAGACCUUUCCUCACUGCCUCUGGCCGGCUCCGUCUUGCCUGGAGGUCUGAAGAGUCUAAAAUUUUCUCCUUCUGAGCAGGGAUUUUCUUUCAAUAGCCAAAAAUUCCAGCCUACUACUCCUCCUUCACGAAGUUUCAGACCUAAUUUUGCCAGCAAUUCAUUUCCUAGACAAGAACCUCCAAAACCAGUCUCAUUUGCAUCACCUACUCCACAGAGUAACAUAAUAGAGAGAAUAAAUCUAUUUGCAACUACAAAAAGUCCAGUCAGUUUUACAUCAAAACAGUUCAGCGACACCUCAAAUGCUUUCCAGCCGAGUGCGUUUAAGAAACAACCCACGAGAAAUUCAUUUAAACCAGAAUUUGAACCCUCUGAGCCAAACCUUGAAUUUUUGCCUCCAUCUGAUCAACACCAGUCAGACCUGGUGGUAGCUUCUCAAGAAAAUGCUUUCAGCAGCAGGCAGUCUACUACUCAAUCGCCUAAUCUGGAGUUUGAUGGAAGUUUACCAGAAACUGAUGUUAAAGCUGAGAUAGAACAAACAAGUAACGGUAGCUUACCUGAAGAUAGGUAUAAUACAUUCAUCAAAAGAUUUAACCCUUAUGAAGAUGCACCAAAGGAGAUUGAAGAAAAUACAGACAAAAAUGAAGAACCUGAGCCACAAUAUCACACUUUUAUCAACAGAUUUGUUCCAUCUGAUGGCAAGAUAAUUCCCGAAAACAAUUUGGGAGAGCAGCCUGAACAUGUCUUCGUCAACCGUUUUGUUCUCACGCCUGAAGAACAGAAGAGAGAUAAGGACAGAAAACAAGUUGACAAACUACAUAAUCUUUUACCGCCGGAUGACCAACUCACCGUCAGUUUUCCAAACUUUGAUCUGAUGCCUCCUAUGGAUGACUCUGAUGAUAGUGAAAGCAACAAGAUUGAGCUCCAUCUUCAAGAUCCCAGAAGAACUUUUUUCAUUCCUAAUGAAGAUGGAAAUGAUUUCUCAAAAGCAGAUGCUGCUCCCAUAGUAGUGACAAUACCGCUCCAUUCCUACCAAAAGUCACCCCCAAUGUGGUUCCGGAACGAGAAAUCUGAAGAUCCCUGCUCAAGGUGUCAUCCAUCUUUUAUCGUCAACAAAGAAACUUGUAUGCCUUGUGUUAUAAUCAGAUAGUUGAACAAUCAAGAGUAAAUUGUAAAUAUGUUUUUAGACUACACCUAUGAUCAGGACAGACUUGUGAUAUAAUAGUUGUAAUUGCUGACAAUACAUGCGGCAAUUUGUACAAUUCCUGCUUAGACUGACAUGCCAAGUUAGGAUAAGUAAACAAAAUAAUUACUUAACUAUUGUAAUAAGAUUCUUCAUUUAACUACUAGGUACUGAUAUCAAAAUAUAUCCCAAAAUAAUAAUACUUGAUUUUAAAUAGGAAUUCCACUUCCAGUAGGUAUGAUAUAUUUUAUUAAUUCAGUCACAAAAUUAAUAGAAUACUUUUUUAAUAAAAUGUAUGCUAUUUUUCCAAAGAAUUUUUUAUCUGCCCCAAAAAGAUUUCUUUAUGCUUAUGCAAAUUUACAAAAAAAAUUUUGAAAUAUUAAACAAUAAUUUCUAAACUUUAGUAUUCCCAGAAGGAUAUUCAAUAUUUUGUGUGAAAUUAUGUAUCUCUCCAGUAUAAACGUUUAAAUUUGUGUUAAAGUCAGAAAUAUAUUUUGUAAAAAUUACUUAAGUUAAUAACUUAGUUUUAUACAGCUGAGCAAUCCUUAGUUGAGUAAUACUUUGUAAGAUAUUUUCAAUAACUUCUUUUAAUAUAGGUGUGUAAUAAUAAACAAUGUGUGCUAUCAAUUUUACAAACUUUUUAGUAAAUAAGUUUUAUAAAAA